GACUCCCCUUUGUGCCCCCAUUCCCCGCCCAGGCCUGGCCCAAGUGCCAGGCUACUCUCCUCCCUCCUUCCCCUCCCCUCAGCCUGACUAGCAGGAGCCUGGGACUCUGCCUGCUGACCCAACGGCUUAGGAGCACCCCUCAAGCUCAGGGUCACCGUGGAGGCACCAGGCCGCCAUGCUCAGCCUCAAGCUGCCCCAACUCCUGCAAGUCCACCAGGUGCCCCGGGUGUUCUGGGAAGAUGGCAUCGUGUCUGGUUACCGCCGGCCCACCAGCUCGGCCUUGGAUUGUGUCCUGAGCUCCUUCCAGAUGACCAACGAGACGGUCAACAUCUGGACUCACUUCCUGCCCACCUGGUACUUCCUGUGGCGCCUCCUGGCGCUGGCUGGAGGCCCAGGCUUCCUGUCGGAGCCGUACCACUGGCCGCUGCUCAUCUUCCUGCUGCCCGCCUGCCUCUACCCCUUCGCGUCGUGCUGCGCACACACUUUCAGCUCCAUGUCGCCCCGCGCGCGUCACAUCUGCUACUUCUUGGACUACGGCGCACUCAGCCUGUACAGCCUGGGCUGCGCCUUCCCCUAUGCCGCCUACUCCAUGCCGACCUCCUGGCUGCACGGCCCCCUGCACCAGCUCUUUGUGCCCGCCGCCGCACUCAAUUCCUUCCUGUGCACAGGCCUCGCUUGCUACUCCCGGUUCCUGGAGCUGGAAAGCCCGAGGCUCUGUAAGGUCCUCCGCACCACUGCCUUCGCCCACCCCUUCCUGUUCGACAACCUCCCGCUCUUCUACCGGCUCGGGCUGUGCUGGGGCCGGGCCCACCACUGCGGGCAGGAGGCGCUGAGCCCCAGCCACAGCUACCACCUCCUCUGCGCGCUGCUCACCGCCUUCCUCUUCACCUCCCACCUCCCGGAGCGCCUCGCCCCGGGCCGCUUUGACUACAUCGGCCACAGCCACCAGCUGUUCCACAUCUGCGCUGUGCUGGGUACCCACUUCCAGCUGGAGGCAGUCCUGGCUGACAUGGGGACCAGGCGCACCUGGCUGGCAGCGCUACCGCCUGCCCUCAGCCUGGGAGGCAUGGCGGCCACACUUGGCCUGGCAGUGGCCGGCAACCUGCUCAUCAUCGCCUCCUUCACAGCUGCCCUGUUGCGGGCCCCCAGCUCAUGCCCCUUGUUGCAGGGUUGCCUGCCAGAGGAGGGCACCAGGGACAAACAACAGUGAGCACCCCUGCCACCUGGGGGAGGCAGGGCCAGGCCCAGGAUGCUGAGCUGUGUGGCGGUGGGGUGGGGUGACGUCUGAGCCUGGAGUGGAGGAGCGUGUACAGAAGGUGCAGAGGGCCGAGGGCAAGGGGCACCCACUGGUUGGGAGUGAAUGGGUGGGGCUUUGGGGGGGUGUGGGGCUUGAGGGUGCUCGGGAGGAGCCGGGAUGUUCUGAGAGGGUGUGUGCAUGUGUGUGUGUCCAGGCCACACUGCCCUUCCCCUGCCCAAAGUGGGUUGUGGGUCUGGGGGCUCCUGAAGUCUGCUCAGCCCCGGGAAGAACGAACAUGACUGCUCCAACCACUAACCCUCCGCUCCCACGGCUGGCACACCCUCUGCCAGCAGCUAUCUGUCCUGCUCACAGCCUGGGGACAACCUUGUCCCCCAUGUAUCCUCGGGGUGUCCAUGGGCGGGACUGAGGCAGGACCCUUGGUUAGCCAUUAGCAAGCCACCUCACGUGCUUUCUGGUACAAAUAAAUGAACUAAAGUCCA